CCUUAUAUUUGGCCUCUUUUGCAUCUGACUUUCUGUUCCAGCAUCCUCUGAUCUACCUACAUCUCUCCGUCUACUUUUAUUUUGCAACAAUGAGUCCCAUGCCUAGAUUGAUCCUCAUCCGCCACGGUGAGACUGAGUGGUCAUUGAAUGGGAGACACACCGGAACAACCGACAUUCCGUUGACUGCUCGAGGAGAAGAGCAGAUCUUGACCAAGGCCACUGGUUUGGUUGGGCACGGAAAGCUCAUCGAUCCGACCAAUCUCUGCUGCGUAUUCGUCUCGCCUAGACAGCGAGCGCAUAAGACUUUCCAUCUCCUGUUCGGCCAUCUCGACGAACAGCCCCACCAUAUCAUCACAGAAACCUGCCGUGAGUGGGAUUACGGAGACUAUGAAGGCCUGUUGCCGAAGGAGAUCCAGGAGAGGAAACCAGGCUGGAAGAUCUGGACGGACGGAUGCCCUGGUGGCGAGUCCGCUGAAGAGAUGCAAGCUCGAGUCGAUGGAGUCAUAGCUGAUGUACGCGAGUACCACCGGAAGUGGAAGCAAGAGGGCAAAGGAACACGAGAUGUCGUUAUUGUGGCCCACGGCCACUUCAACCGUUGUCUUAUCGCCCGCUGGGUGGAGUUCCCUCUCUGUUUAGGUACACACUUCAAUGUCGAGCCCGCGGGGAUCGCCGUGCUCUCGUACAACCAUAACAGCCUCGAUGAACCGGCGCUAAACGCCCUGAACCUGAACGCUACCGGGGUAUGAUCUGCGAAGACCUUUGUGGCGUCGUUGAAAUGAUAGGCGAAUAGAAGUAUACUGUAUAGAGUGAGAAGUGAUGGAAGUACAACCUGAGAAUGAAAUUGAUAGAAUACCUGCUUGUAUACACGCAAUUAAACAGAUUUGUAAUUUGUAGUACCUUGUCUACUACACUGGUACAACG